AGGGCUCACUGCUUCUACCCUCCACUCACUCAUCACAGCUUCGCUCCUCUGUCACAGCACCCUCCCUCGUUCCAACCCGUGGCCUCUCCUCUCCUCCCUACCCCUCUCCGCUGUCGCCUCGAGAGGACAUGAGUGGCAUCGCGGCUCCCCAGGAUCCGAAGCCAGAAGCCCGGCCCUUCGUCAGGGCUGUCAGGAAGAUCAAAUGUGCAGCCAUGGUCCACAGCCUGGCUCGGAGCUGGCAGGGCUGGGCGACCGAACACUCUGACCGCCAGGACACCAUACCCUCCGGCUGGAUGCCCAGCUCCGUCACCGAGGGCGAGGAGGGCAGCGAGACCAAUAGCAAAGUCAAAUUGACGGUGAAACCGCGCAUGGUGGCGACGAACGAGGAUGGAGGAAGCCAGAUCAGGACGAGCGCCGUGACGAAGCGGGCGGCGACCAAACCCAGCGAGGGGGGCGGCAACUUGAUCAGCGCUCUGAAGGAACGCAUCAUGGCGCCUGAGGACCCCGGAGCCAAGGACUUCCUGGGUGGCGGUUCACCCACUCGCCGGCGGCAGGUACGGGCCCUGGCCCUGCAGAGCCAGAACCAGGACCAGGACAGGAAGCUGGGCUCGCGUAGCAGUAGUGUGGACACAGAGGACAGCGGCCUGGGAGACGAGGCAUCGUUGGCUGGCAACAGCAGUGACAGCAGGCCAGCGCUGCUGAAGAAACAGCCCAGCAGACCCAAGAUUAAGGUGACCAACAUGAAUGACAUCAAGAGUCGCUGGCAGCAGUGGUCACAGCAGCACGUGGAGGGCCAGAAGCUCAACCCCUUCAGCGAGGACUUCGACUAUGAGCAUGCCAUGUCCCAGCGCCUGCAGAAGGGCGACGCCGGCUACGGCAAGCCCAAAGAGGGCACCCGGACGGCGGAGCGCGGGGACCGGGCGCAGAAACACGUCCAACGCGAGAUGGAAGAGAUGUGCUUCAUCAUCAGGGACAUGGGCCUGACAGACAAACAGGGGCGCGUCUACAUCACCUUCGGACGUCUGUUUGACCGCUACGUUAAGAUCUCGGACAAGGUGGUGGGAAUCGCGCUGCGCUGCAGGAAACACAAGAUGCUGGAUUUUGAGGGGGAGAUGCUCUGGAAGGGCCAGGAUGAUCAUGUGAUUAUUACACUGAAGGACUGAAUACACACUCACAGCCACAAACACACUAUUUCUGAAGUGUGUGUGCAGUGUAUGCACACACUCACAGACACAUAUGUACAGUAGAUAUUUAUCGGCUCAAACACACACACUUAACACAAAGACAUAUUUACAUAGAGCUACAUACAGCAGUAGAAACAUUUAGAAAUUCAAAUACCUCCACCACUCCUCGCUCCAGAGACUUUCCGUGUUAGAAGAACUACAAUAUGAUGGAAGCUGAAACGGAAUUAACACUUAUUUCCAGCGACAGAUGCACUUUAUGUGAACAUUUCUUUCAAAGUGAAAGUGUCUAAGUCUUCUCACAGAAGGACUUUUUGUAAAUGUUUACAUCAUCUAUAAGUAGAUGCCCAUCAAACUCAGGAGUUGACAUAUAUAGGCAGCUGUAAAGCUCUGGCAUAAAGGGCUUUACAGAUAAGAUUUAAUUUGAUCUAUGCAGAGCCACACAGACUCCUGCGAAUCCCAGCUGCAUAACUCUCAACACUCACAAACAGAUUCCUGAAGUCAAUGUGUUCCUCACACCUAAACAACAUGCUGCCCUGAUAGCUUUUGGAUAGCCAAGUUAUCCUUCAGUCUGUGAAUGCCAAUCUAAAGAAUAUUUUGACUUUACUCAACUAUUAUUUAUUUGAAGUGAAGUUAGGGUGUGUUGCAAUAGUUGUUGUUAUUGUUGUAAAAUUCUUGAAAUGACUUUCUAUUUAUUCUGUUUUGGUAAAUACUGUUUAAAGAUUUUGGAGUGCUGCUAGCCUUGAUACUGCAAAGUUGUAGUAUUAUAAAAUGUUUCAUGUUUUUGAAAAGUAUGUUUAUAAUGCUUUUACAA